GCAGUCUGGCGUGCGACGGCCAGUCAACCAGCCCACGCCCUCGGCCAAUGUCGUGGUCCUGAUAAACUCCCAGUCCACAGUCAAGUACCAAUUCUACGCCUACUCCCACCAGCUGGCUGCCCUAGACGCGAAGGCGGUGAAGGCGUGGCUUCAGGACGCCAGCUGGAAGGGCCGCGCCAACAAGAACAAUCCGCGGUUUUAUGCGGACGUGCCGGCGGACGACAGCGGGCCGUUUGCGGCCAUCCGCAAGGCUAUCAUAGACGCCAUCAACAAGGCGGAGAGGAAGAAGCACCUUCGCCCUGGGCGUCAAGCACACCGCCGCCACCAAGGCCAAGAUGUCGGCGGCCCAGAAGGGCAAGAAGGGCAAGAAGCGCACCGCCGCCACCAAGGCCAAGAUGUCGGCGGCCCAGAAGGGCAAGAAGCACACCGCCGCCACCAAGGCCAAGAUGUCGGCGGCCCGGAAGGGCAAGAAGCACACCGCCGCCAGCAAGGCCAAGAUGUCGGCGGCCCAGAAGGGCAAGAAGCGCACCGCCGCCACCAAGGCCAAGAUGUCGGCGGCCCAGAAUCGACGGCGCUUGAGGGAAUCUCGGGCAUAGGCACGCGGUCCGUCAAUAACCAAGCAGUUGCGGCCACCUGCUGCUCAGGCUAUUCUCCUACCUCUUGAGCUCCCAAGUUUUGGGCACAGGGCCCGGCGGCCUGAUGACUGACCCGCGUUUAGAUGCUGACGCGGCGGUUGCGUGGGUGGCGGCCUUGCGGCGUGGCAUGACGGGCUUGGAGUGGCCGGCAGGGCUGCUGGAGCACGAGCUGUGUGACGAGGUGUGGGCGCCGGCGCCUCGAGGUGCACGCUAUGGCUACGGCUAUGGAUCCGCGGCCUCUACAGGCAUCGGCAACGGCCUUGCACCCGCUCAGGCGCUGUCCCCUACCCACGGCGCCCGCGCAUCGCUUACCGCUGCGCCUACCGACGCACAGAACCUGGCUCUGGGCCGCGUAAGUGUCGCCAGCAGCACCCGCAGAACGGGAGGCUCCACAGCUCCUGGCGAGCCCAACAUUAACAGCAUCGGCCGGGGCGGGCUUUCGCGCCUGUCCGGGAUCCGCGCGCGCCUGUCGGGCUUGGGCCCGCCUAGCGCUCGCUACUUCGCUGCACCGCAGCAGCCGGGGCGCCGGCCUGCAAACUCAAGCGCCGGCAGUCCUGCUCUGCAUGCUGAGAGCGGCGGCGUAUCAGCCAACCUGUGCGGUGCUGGUCGACAGGGCGUGCGAACGCUGGCAUCUGCAGCCAGCGUUUCCAGUGCCGUGGACAGGGCAAGCGGUAGGCCAGUGGACUGGGCAUCCAACUCCAGGGCCUGGCCUAGCGCUGCGGCGCCCGCGUCACUGGUUCUGGGGCCCUCUCCAUCGGGCGCCGAUGCAGCGUUGUUUGGACAAGCGUCUGUGCCGGACGAGCUGCGGACUAGUGCAGGCAGCAGCCAUCGGGCCUGCUCUGGCGACGCCGAUGCGGCGGCAACAAUAACAGCGUCUGCAGCGACAGCAGCCCGAAUCUCGCCGUUGCACGGCAACGGCGCAUCUGAGCUGCCGGUACUGGCACCGGCGGGCUCGUCACAGCCGCUUGUAGGCCCGGACGUUGUGCCUGGCGCAACUUUGGAUGGCGGACCGCUGUCACCUCCCGCGCAGGUCGUUGCGGACGCGGCAGCAGCUGCGCUGCCGGCCGGCCCCGAAGCCCCUGCCUUCGCGCCGUCUCCUGGCAGCAUCGCAGCCUCGGCACCGGGCAGGGCAGAUGAUACUGUGGCGCCGGAACGGCUGAGCUUGUUUGGUGGCCCCGGGGCCGGAAGCAAUGGUGUUGGCGGGGCCGGCGGCGGCGGCACGCAGGAAACGCCCUACGAUGACGCCGCAACUGUGGCAUCGGUCGGCGUGAGCGAGCUGCCCCUUCGCCUGCUGUACCGCGGUCUGCGUCUGCGUGCGGCUGUGUCGUGCGGUCCGCUCAAGGGCGGUCUGGUGGCGGGUGACGUCAGCGGCCACGUGUCGUACCGCGGCAAGGCGUUCACACAGCUGGCCAAGCUAAUGGCCAAGGCCAAGACAGGCCAGAUUUUGGCCACGGCAGACCUGGCGCGGACCCUGCCGCCGUUCCUCGCUGAGGAGCUGACAAUCAAGGACCAGUUAUAACAGGAUUGGUCAUAUAUAAUUCCAUAGUGCACCGUAUGUAAACUAGAUAUCUGGUGAAUUAUUGAGGAGCGAUCAGCAUCGCACUUUGUGACGUCUAUGCAUCUCCAUCCAUCGAGCAUGUGGCCCGGAUCAUGUGUGUGUUCACACUACGGGCGCAUCUGAAGCACGCGCACACAUCCUGUCAUACGGGACCCUGUACUGCAAAGCACUGCCCUGGUCUGUUGGGUCUGUUGGGUUUGGGGUCUGUUUGCAUAACGCAUGCUUGGGCACAACAGUCAUAACAGUGGCCAUGCUUUGCACGUGUUUGUAUGCCGUAUGCGAAGGUUUGGCACUUGGGCGCAUUGGGACUUAGGCAAAAUCAAUGAGGCGACGCGCACACGGGGUCACCUCUACGUCUGAGACGACGACGCGUGUCCUGUAAUAGCGGGGUGUAGCGGGCACUUGACGUAGCUUACUUGUAUGCAGCCCUUGUAACUCAGCGGGAUUAUCAGAUCGUUGGAAUUGGGGAGCCGACUGGUGCCUGUGGCUGGCAGUUUAUUAGUUGCCAUCAUCGCUUGCUUUUACAGUGCGCGUGUGGACUCAGCAAGUCUUUGUUGCACUUGGCUCUGUAAUCAUGAACCACCAAGGAGACGUGCAAGGUUAGUACUCGGUAGUGGGGGCGUACAGGAGACGGUCCUGGCCCGUCCCUUCAUCUCCCCCCACUCCCUUAGUUCACACCACUAGCCCACGGCAGGGUGUCUACGGUAUUUGUCUAAUUCUUAUUCUAUUUCAGGUUGGUACGGGGCGCAUAUAGGUGGGGGCAAUGGCGUGGAACGGGAGCGCCAUCUUUCUUGUCACCUGAACGGUUGCAUGCUUCUGCGAUAAGGACGGUAGAUUACAGAUGCUGCGAUCCGAUGUGAUGGUAGCACGGUAGGGCGGGCGUCCGAUUGGCUAAUGAAUGGUAUGACUGGCCCUGUGGCGGCCGUGUGGGAUUGUGGGGCCCGACAUGGCGGAGGUCUAUCCUUUGGGACGGAUGCAGCAGAGCACACCGGCAAGCUUUUAAGGUGGGUACGGUUCUAGCGUGGCGGAUGGCGGUUGGUCCGUGUGCUUGCGUGUGUGCCUGCAGGAUGUGCGUGCCAGGCGCUAUAUAUAAUAAUCAGUACAGAAGGUGUUAGAUCCAUCCAUCAUAGCGUUGGUGGGUAGCGGCUCAGUAGAUGCUGCUACGCUGCUACACAACAACAGCAAGGGUGAUCGAUGGAAAGAUGCGGCGUGCGCUUUUCGGGGCACGCUGAGCCUGCAAGAAUUGGAUCACGCAGCAGGCUGUUUCAUUUGGAUGUUGGAUGGUCAGCCGAGGAGUCUCUCGUGGGAGUCUCUGUGAGUACGCGUGGGCCGUGUGAGCAUUUACCCGGGGGCCGUGUGAACGUAACUGACGCGUGAACCCGUCGUGGUAGGCGUCUGUCGGUGUCGCGGCACCGUGGUCAGGAUACGGCGGUUGCGACCUACUCGAGGUCUUGUGGCCAACUGUUUAUGAUGCUUGCGAUGUGUCACAAGCAAAGGGGAA